GGGGGAGGUUUUAGCUGGUUUGGGGUCAGUCCUUGGAGCCGUGUUCCCCCCGCAGGAACUGAUGCUUGCAGCAGCGCUCCUCUCCGUUUCCAAGACUGGAACUGAGCUCUGGAAAAACAAAGUGGAGCUUGGAGCAUGUGGCCUGAGGACUGCACUACCAAGCCAGGGGUGGUAACUAAGAAGUGAGCAGGAUGCCCCCAGGCAUUUACUGCCCUAUGGAAUUCUGGUCCAAGGGGGAAAACCAAAACAUCCAGGUGGACUUUCUGCUGCCCACAGGCAUAUAUUUAAACCUCUCUGUGUCCUGCAAUGCCAGCUUGGGCACCAUCAAGCAGGUGGUGUGGAAGCAUGCUCAGUAUGAGCCGCUGUACCAUAUGCUCAGUGAUCCUGAGGCCUAUGUCUUCACGUGCAUCAACCAGACAGCAGAGCAGCAGGAGCUGGAGGAUGAGCAGCGGCGGCUUUGUGACAUCCAACCCUUCCUGCCGGUGCUGCGGCUUGUGGCUCGGGAAGGAGACAGAGUCAAGAAGGUUAUUAACUCCCAGAUCAGCCUGCUCAUUGGGAAAGGUUUGCAUGAGUUUGACUCAGUGCAGGAUCCAGAGGUGAAUGAUUUCCGUGCCAAAAUGUGCCAGUUCUGUGAGGAGAGAGCAGCAAAGCGGCAGCAGCUCAGCUGGGCAGCUUGGAUGGAGUACAACUUCCCCUUGCAGCUGGAGCCCAUGGCCAAAGGCCCUGGCACUGGCCCUUUCCAUAUCCCCACCAAGAACAUUUUUGUCAACGUCAAGUUCCAGUCUGGAGGGGAGAGCUUCACUUUCCAGAUCUCCCCAAAUGAGUUCCCCAUCACAUUAAUGAGCUAUGCUAUCAAGAAGCAGGCUACUGUCUUCCGCCAUGAGACAGUGGAGAAGCCAGAGGACUACACCCUGCAGGUGAAUGGAAAAUGUGAAUACCUCUAUGGGAACUACCCCCUGUACCAGUUCCAGUACAUUCGCAGCUGUCUGCACCGAGGCCUGACGCCCCAUCUGACCAUGGUACACUCCUCCACUAUCAUUGCCAUGAGAGAUGAGCAAACCAACUGUAUCACCAGCCCCCCCAAGACUGCUGCCAAGCCCCCCCCGCUCCCCAAGAAAAAGCCAAACUAUGGUUCUCUGUGGUCCUUGGAGCAGUCGUUCUACAUCCAGCUGGUGCAAGGCAGCAAGGUCAAUGCAGAUGAGGGGAUGAAGCUGGUGGUGCAGGCAGGGCUCUUUCAUGGCAAUGAGAUGCUGUGUAAGACAGUGUCAAGCUCUGAAGUGAAUGUGUGCUCAGAACCCGUGUGGCAGCAGAGGCUGGAUUUUGACAUCAAUAUCUGUGACCUUCCCCGUAUGGCACGGCUCUGCUUUGCCCUCUAUGCUGUCAUUGAGAAGGCAAAGAAGGCACGUUCUACUAAGAAGAAGUCCAAGAAAGCUGACUGCCCUAUUGCCUGGGUGAACGUCAUGCUCUUUGACUAUAAGGACCAGCUGAAAACAGGGGAGUGCUGCUUGCACAUGUGGUCCUCCUUUCCAGAUGAGAAAGGAGAACUUCUGAACCCCAUGGGCACGGUACAAUGCAACCCCAACACGGAAAGUGCAGCAGCCUUGGUCAUCUGCUUCCCCAGCGUAGCAUCGCAUCCUGUGUAUUACCCGUCAUUUGAGCAGCUGCUGGAGCUGGGGAGGAAUGGAGAGCAACCCCGUGGUGCUGCAGCAGAAGAUCCUGAGGAGAAGCUGCAACUGAAGGAGAUCCUGGAGCGGAGGAGCCACACUGAACUAUAUGAGCAUGAGAAAGAUCUGGUGUGGAAGAUGAGGUACGAUAUCCGCGACCAAUACCCACAAGCUUUGGCAAAGCUGCUCAUCAUCACCAAAUGGAACAAGCAUGAAGAUGUUGCUCAGAUGAUAUCCCUGCUUCAGACCUGGCCAGAGCUGCCUGUCCUGAAUGCUUUGGAGCUGCUGGAUUUCAGCUUUCCUGACCGUUAUGUUGGCUCCUUUGCUGUCAACUCAUUAAAGAAGCUGACAGAUCACGAUGUGUUCCAAUACCUGCUACAGCUUGUCCAGGUGCUCAAGUAUGAAUCCUACCUAGACUGUGAAUUAACCAAGUUCCUGCUGGACAGGGCAUUAUCCAAUCGCAAGAUUGGUCACUUCCUCUUCUGGCAUCUGAGGUCAGAAAUGCAUGUUCCUGCAGUUGCCUUGAGGUUUGGCCUGAUCCUGGAAGCAUACUGCAGAGGCAGCACCCACCACAUGAAAAUCCUGAUGAAACAGGGAGAAGCCCUUAACAAGAUGAAAGCUCUGAAUGACUUUGUUAAAGCAAGUUCUCUGAAGGCCACCAAGCCUCAAACCAAGGAGAUGAUGCACGUGUGCAUGAAACAGGAAACUUACCUGGAAGCACUUUCCCACCUCCAGUCCCCCCUGAACCCCAACAUUAUCCUCGCUGAAGUCUGUGUGGAUCAGUGCACCUUUAUGGACUCCAAAAUGAAGCCUUUAUGGAUUGUGUUUAAUAAUGAAGAGACAGGUGGAGGUGGAGUGGGAAUUAUUUUCAAAAAUGGAGAUGAUCUUCGACAGGACAUGCUGACUCUGCAGAUGAUCCAGUUGAUGGACAUCCUGUGGAAGCAGGAGGGCCUGGAUCUGAGGAUGACCCCUUAUGGCUGCCUCUCCACAGGAGACAAGACUGGACUGAUAGAAGUAGUCAUGCAGUCAGACACCAUCGCCAACAUCCAGCUGAACAAGAGCAAUAUGGUGGCCACGGCAGCCUUCAACAAGGAUGCACUGCUGAACUGGCUGAAAUCCAAGAACCCGGGCGAUGCACUGGAACAAGCCAUAGAGGAGUUCACUCUGUCCUGCGCUGGGUACUGCGUGGCAACGUAUGUGCUGGGGAUCGGUGACCGGCACAGUGACAACAUCAUGAUCCGGGAAACAGGACAGCUGUUCCACAUUGAUUUUGGUCACUUUUUGGGGAACUUCAAGACUAAAUUUGGUAUUAACAGAGAACGAGUUCCUUUCAUCUUAACCUACGACUUUGUGCAUGUCAUCCAGCAAGGCAAAACUAACAACAAUGAGAAGUUUGAGAGGUUUAGGGGUUAUUGUGAAAAAGCCUACAUGAUUCUGAGGCGCCAUGGGCUUCUCUUCCUGCACUUGUUUGCACUGAUGAAAGCUGCUGGCCUGCCAGAACUCAGCUGCUCUAAAGACAUUCAGUAUCUAAAGGAUUCCCUAGCUCUUGGGAAAACAGAUGAGGAGGCACUGAAGCACUUCAGACUAAAGUUUAACGAAGCCCUACGGGAGAGCUGGAAAACCAAAGUGAACUGGCUGGCACACAAUGUGUCCAAAAACAACAGACAGUAGAGCAGCAGUGCCAGCCUGCACCCAUGCUCCAAGAGAAUGUAACCCCUGCACUGAGGCCAGCAAUUGCAGGCAGGUUUCUAAAGACUGAUGGAUGUUGAAGAUCCCAGACCUGCGCUCCCCAACAUCAGCCAUUGCUGCAUGACUGAAAACGUGUUGGACUUUCACCAGCCACAUCAUCGUGUCUGCUGUAGGUCUUUGGGGAGAAGGGAGAAACAUGAGGCAAUAAAACCACUGCAUACAGUGAAAGGUAGGUAGAGGUACUGUACACUUCAGAACUCAUUAAGCUUCAAAUACAUCUUCUAAUGGAAGAGUUCAGGCACUUGUAACAUCCUUCUACCGUGUUAAUGUGUAUAUUUGUUUCCUAAAAAAUUAGCUGAACACUGAGAACCUACUAUCCCUGUAGCUCUUAUACUAUAGCCCCUCUUUUCAGAGGCAUUAACUUUCAGUGUACACCAAGGUAGGUCAGCUUAAAUCAUCCCUGAUGCUGACUGGGAGCAAUUGAUUUAUUCUGCAUUGUGACAGUGUAAAAAUGUCCAUGUUGUUGUAUUACCUUCUCUCUGCUACAGAGGCCAAAGUGUUCUGAAACUGAACUGGAACUCACCUAUUGCUGUCAAAAAGCUGAUGCCACCAGCACAGGCUUGUGUUGGCCAAGGGGUUAGGUAUUUUUGUUUGCCUUCCUGUGUUGAGCCUCAGUUCCAGGGUUUCUGCACUGAUUCUGGGUAAGACUGAACUAUCAAGUUGGAAUGUAGUAUUGGUUGCCGCAUGUACCUCCUGUUGGGGUACACUAGAGCUAGUUUGCCAUCUGGUUUUCCAGUAAUACAGGCAUGCAGGUGCUGGCCUACACCUCUAGGAUCCCUGGUAUAUAAUGCUGUAAUUCCAGUGUCAGCUGAGCCAGAUGCUGCCACUCUCUUCCCAAGUUACUUGGCCAGUCUGCUCUCCUGCAUCAGGACAGAGGGUGCUAGAUGAGUGGGUUUAACACUGAACACUUACAGAAAGUUCCAUCACAACAAAUGUUCUCAUCUUCUUACAAAUGUAUUCCCUAUUCUUUCCACACUCUUCCUCCUUUCAACCACAGUUCACAACUCCUUUUAUUAGACUGGCUCUGGGUUCCUCCAGAGAGCAUCCCGUACUGGUACCUAAAUCAGGACAGACUGUCUACACCAGCCUCCUCCUGUUCUCACCCCUGCCUCUGUCUCCUUCCCAAGCAGAGUCUGUCCCAUCUCCCACAAGGUGCUGUAAUCAACCAUGUAUUUCUACUCGUGUCAUAUUUGUCUCCAGCUACUGUCCUCACCUGAGCAGUUCUGAGCACUGGUGUUACACAGGGACAGAUGAAAGGAGCCACUGCUGCCUCACAUGGGUACAGCGAGGGGCAUCAAGCAGGCUGCAGCCUACGGGUCAUGCUGGAAGACAGGUAGAGUAGCUGGUUAAUACCUGCUUCCUUCCUUCCUUCCCUCUCCCAGUUUUCCCCAACAUCAGGUUCCAAUGGAGGUGCUCCAUUCCUCUCUUUUAAGGAAUAGUCUCAUUUUCAGGGAAAGCUGAAGCCUGUUUUAUUUGUACUCCCUUAACCAGGUCGAGCAAUUUCCUUUUACUCACACAACUGUUUGUUUGUUUAAACUCUUAUAUAGGAAAGAAACCCACCAGGCAUUUCAGAGCCUGCUUCUCAAGUGCUAAGAGGUGCAUGCUCUGUCUAAUGAUUGACUACUCCCUCCUGUAAAUCUAGCUUCAUGUCUGGCUUAAAAUUCCCAUAAUAGCAGCAAGUUUAGGACAGAGACCGAACGGGUCUGUUCCCUGCUGUGGAAGAAAUCUGAUUUGAUGCUAUUUCUGCAUCCAGCACACAGCUGCAACUCCUGACUUUCAGCCCUUUUUAAUGCUUUAAAUUAGGUACCCCUGUACUGUAAAAGACAAGGUCAAGUACCUGAGCUGUGCAGCUGAUGAAGAGCAAGUGAACACUGCCUUAAAGUAACUUUUACCUUAAGGAGAAACAAAUAGUAGUAAUGCUAGAAUUGGUCAGUGAAUGCAAUAUGAAACCCCUUUAACAAACCCCUUCCUCAUUACCUUUACAUACAGGUACCAGCAGAUUCCCACAGUGUUACAGUUUCUUUCCAUAACAACCUAAUGCUAUGAAGUCCAUUCUGUACUGGUCUGUAUAUAUUAAUAUAAACCAGGCUGCACCUCAAAGCACCCCUUACACACAGCUCAUUUGAAAGCUCUAACCCUUGGAGCUCCUGUUUUUCUGCACCUUUCAAAUGAUGCCAUUUGUCACAGGGACAUGGCCAGGACAUUUCAACACCCAACAGUAUGUACCCUUCCAAGUGAUCUAAGUUACUUACAGCCACAUUCUGUAACAGUUCUUAGCAUACUGUUUAACAGUAGGUACCAAGGUAUGGCUGCAGUAAAUAACUGGGUUUGCUGCACUUGUGUUUCAGACCCCACUUUAUUAGCUAGAACCAAGGUAGCUUCCCAUCUCCCUGUGACUAUGCAUUUGAGCCUAACACUAGGAAAACAGCAGUGGGUAAAUGUGUACCAACUGUCUGGCAGGAAACACAGCAUUUACUUAGAAGUAUACAGUACAAAACUGAGCUGGCAACAAAUUAUGAGGGGAAGCUAUCAAUCAGAUCUAUUAUUUGUUUGUAGCUGGUUUUGAGUAGUAUCAUUUUCUUUCCCUGUGCCAGAUUAUAGGGGCUCAGAGGGUGCUGGGUGAUGUAAGUUAAAUCAGGAGUAGGAAGAUGCUUCUAUCUCUUAAAGACAAUCCAUUAUCAAAUGCAGAAGUUUCCAUCCAUCCAGCAGUCUGGUGCUGCUGUGCACACUGGCCUUUUUAAAAGCCAGGUUUGUGGGGACCCAAACUUAACAGAAUAGAAAAUUACAAUUUGCCACAGUUAUGGAAUAAAGGAAGGUUUGUGGGAUCCUCCUGAAGGACUAAAUUACAAAUGCAAAAAGGAAAAAACAAGCCCAAACACUCAGGCCCUAAUGGGAAGUGUGAUACUAGAAAAUACUGCAGGAUUUAGAGCUCUUGCCAUGCUGAGCAGUGAGAGAACAGCACAGCACCUGCCUGAAUCACUGCUCCCUCAGCAGGGAGGUGACCUCCUCCUCAUGUUCCCCC